AUGUUCGUAAAACAUGGAUUUUCUAGUCAAGUCACAUCUAACAUUUCAACAGACAACAAGGUAUCAAAUUUGGAAGUCUUGAGGUCUGAUCCGAAAACUCAGUUUAUCCCCGUAAUCUUGCUGUCCGCGGGUGAGAGUAUUGGUGUAGAAGUAUUAGAAGAGGCAGAUGAUUAUUUAGUAAAGCCAUUUUGUGCUAUGGAGUUGAUCAUUCGUGUCAGGGCCAAUAUUAAACUCUCGCGUGUUCGUCGGAAAUAUUUAUUACAACAAAAAUGGCAAUCCGAGACCAGAGAAAUACUGUCCUCCAUAAGUUACAAAAUUCGCUCCGGGUUUGAUACAGAAGAAGUACUCGCCUCCGCUGUUAAGCAAAUUCAUAGAAUAUUGCCUAGCGAUAGAGUAUUCAUUAUCAAUACCAAUUCUGAUAAUCACGAGGAUUAUCAUAUAAUGGCUUUAUCAUCUACCGACCCAAACGAGCAUAACCUUAUGGGAAAACGAAUAGAUAGUGUGAUCGGAGAAAAGGAUGUGGAUCCCUCAAACGCACAUAUGGAAUCAAUUGCGGAGGUAUACCAGAGGCUUCAAUUUUCCAACGAAUCUAUUAUGGUAGACACAAAAGUCUACUCUAGACUGGUUGAAAGUUACGUUUCUACGAUUUUUACACCGAUUAGAACGAACUCUUCUUCAAUCUGGGGAUGGCUAUUUGCUUACAGGUCGCCGAAUAGCACUUGGUCAGAUUCUGAGAAAGAAUUCAUUGAACAAAGCUCGGUUCAAAUUGGUUUGGCGAUUACACACUCAAUGCUUGUGGAAGAAAAGCUGAAAAAAGAAGCUCAAAUGGAAGCCGCGAAAGCAGCUAAUGAAGCCAAGGUUCAAAUAUUAAAUAAGACCUCACAUGAACUCCGGACACCGUUGGGAGCGAUUAUAGGAGUAUUAUCGGCAUUUGAGGACACUCCACUAACCGACGAUCAAAAAGAGAUGGUUCACAUAAUGAUGCGUGCGUCCGACAUUGUCCUUUCGGUGGUUAACGACAUUCUUGACGCUGCGAAACUUGAGGCGCAAAAAAUGAUACUUGCAAAUAAAACAUUUGAUCUGCCUCGCUUGGUCGACGAGACCCUUAACAUACUCGGGGAAAAGGCCGGAAAUAAGAAAAUUGAAUUGAUUGUAUGCUGCGAUCACACAUUACCUAGAUACGUAAAGUCAGACCCCGAUAG